GCUGGAGGUGGGGGACUUGCCGGGGAAUUAUUUAAUACUUCACAUUAGAAGAAAUAUGUGAAAGUUCCUGCCAACCUGUGAGAAUUUCUUCCUUCGGCCAUUUUUUUGUUCUGCUUACUAGACAACUUUCUCAGAAGUUCUUUUUUGAUGCCAUGUUUUGUGGCUCGCAUCAAAAGAGGAGUUUGUCUUCAUGAAGAUUCCUAACAUUGGUAAUGUGAUGAAUAAAUUUGAGAUCCUUGGGGUUGUAGGUGAAGGAGCCUAUGGAGUUGUACUUAAAUGCAGACAUAAGGAAACUCAUGAAAUUGUGGCAAUCAAGAAAUUCAAGGAUAGUGAAGAAAAUGAAGAGGUCAAGGAAACGACCUUACGAGAGCUUAAAAUGCUUCGUACUCUCAAACAGGAAAACAUUGUGGAGCUGAAAGAAGCCUUUCGUCGGAGGGGGAAAUUAUACUUGGUGUUUGAGUAUGUGGAAAAAAAUAUGCUUGAGUUGCUGGAAGAAAUGCCAAAUGGAGUUCCACCUGAAAAAGUAAAAAGUUAUAUCUAUCAGCUAAUCAAAGCUAUUCACUGGUGCCAUAAGAAUGAUAUUGUUCAUAGGGAUAUAAAGCCAGAAAAUCUCUUAAUCAGCCACAAUGAUGUUUUAAAGCUGUGUGACUUUGGUUUUGCUCGGAAUCUGUCAGAAGGCAAUAAUGCUAAUUAUACAGAGUAUGUGGCCACCAGGUGGUAUCGGUCCCCAGAACUCUUACUUGGAGCUCCGUAUGGAAAAUCCGUAGAUAUGUGGUCAGUGGGCUGUAUUCUUGGGGAGCUUAGUGAUGGACAACCUUUAUUUCCCGGAGAAAGUGAAAUUGACCAGCUCUUUACCAUUCAGAAGGUGCUAGGACCACUUCCAUCUGAGCAGAUGAAGCUCUUCUAUAGCAAUCCUCGUUUCCAUGGGCUCCGGUUUCCAGCUGUUAACCAUCCUCAGUCAUUGGAGAGAAGAUAUCUUGGAAUUUUAAACAGUGUUUUACUUGACUUAAUGAAGAACUUACUGAAGUUGGACCCAGCUGAAAGAUACUUGACAGAACAGUGUUUGAAUCACCCUGCGUUUCAAACCCAGAGACUGUUGGAUCGUUCCCCUUCAAGGUCAGCAAAAAGAAAACCUUACCACGUGGAAAGCAGCACUUUGUCUAAUAGAAAUCAAGCCAGCAAAAGUACUGCUUUGCAGUCUCACCACAGAUCUAAUAGCAAGGACAUCCAGAACCUAAGUGUGGGUCUGCCCCGGGCUGAAGAAGGUCUACCCGCUAGUGAAAGCUUCCUCAAUGGAAACCUUGCUGGAGCUACUCUUAGCCCCAUGCACACCAAAACCUAUCAAGCAAGCAGCCAGCCUGGGUCCACCAGCAAAGAUCUUACCAACAACAACUUAACACACCUUCUCAGCCCAAAAGAAACCAAGUCAAAGUCUGAGUUUGAUUUCAAUAUUGACCCAAAGCCUUCAGAAGGCCCUGGCACAAAGUACCUCAAGUCAAACACCAGAUCACAGCAGAACCGGCACUCAUUUAUGGAAAGCUCUCAGAGCAAAGCCGGGACACUGCAGCCCAGUGAAAAGCAGAGUCGACACAGCUACAUUGACACCAUUCCCCAGUCCUCUAGAAGUCCUUCCUACCGGACCAAGACGAAAAGCCACGGGGCAUUGAGUGACUCCAAGUCUGUGAGCAACCUUUCCGAAUCCAGGGCCCAAAUUGCAGAGUCCAACACCAAUAGGUACUUCCCCUCCAGCUGCUUGGACUUGAACUCUCCAACCAGUCCAACCCCCACCAGACACAGCGACACAAGAACUUUGCUCAGCCCCUCGGGGAGAAAUAACCGAAGUGAGGGCACUCUGGACUCACGCCGAACCACAGCCAGGCAUUCAAAAACAAUGGACGAAUUGAAGCUACCAGACCAUGUGGACAGCAGCCAUUCUCAUUCGUUGUCUGCACCUCAUGAAUCCUUUUCUUAUGGACUGGGCUACACCAGCCCCUUCUCCUCCCAACAGCGUCCACAUAGACAUUCCAUGUAUGUGACCCGGGACAAAGUGAGAGCCAAAGGCUUGGACGGAAGCUUGAGCGUAGGGCAAGGGAUGGCAGCCAGAGCCAACAGCCUGCAGCUCUUAUCACCCCAGCCUGGGGAACAGCUCCCUCCAGAGAUGACUGUGGCAAGAUCUUCCGUUAAAGAACCCUCCAGAGAAGGCAACUCUGCAUUCCACACGCGGCAGAAAUCUGAGGGUGGAGCAUAUCAUGACCCCCACUCUGAUGAUGGCACUGCCCCUAAAGAAAAUAGACAUCUGUACAAUGAUCCUGUUCCAAGGAGAGUUGGCAGCUUCUAUCGAGUGCCAUCUCCACGUCCAGAUAAUUCUUUCCAUGAGAAUAAUGUGUCAGCCAGAGUUUCUUCCCUGCCUUCAGAUAGCAGUUCGGGAACUACCCACUCAAAAAGACAACCAGCGUUCGAAACAUGGAAAGGUCCUGAAAACAUUAGUCAUUCCGAACAACUCAAAGAAAAGGAAAAACAAGGUUUUUUCAGGUCAAUGAAAAAGAAAAAGAAGAAAUCUCAAACAGUGCCCAAUUCUGAAGGCCCUGAUCUUCUGACAUUGCAGAAAGCCAUUCACUCUAACACCACAACUGGCAGACCAAAGGAGUGGCGUCCUGAGAAGAUCUCUGAUCUGCAGCCUCAAAGCCAGCCAUUAAAAUCAUUGCGCAAGCUGUUGCAUCUCUCUUCAGCUUCCAAUCACCCGGCUACUGGGGACCCUCGCUUCCAGCCCUUAACACCUCAACAAGUCAAAAAUGCCUUCUCGGAGAUUCGGAUUCACUCCCUGGCCCAGGCCUCUGGCACGAGCAGUAACAUCCGACAGGAGCCCACACCAAAGGGCAGGCCAGCCCUUCAACUGCCAGGUCAGAUGGACCCUGGUUGGCACGUGUCCUCUGUGACCCGGAGUGCCACAGAAGGGCCUUCCUACUCUGAACAGCUGGGAGCCAAGAGUGGGCCAAAUGGGCACCCUUAUAACAGAACAAAUCGGUCUCGAAUGCCAAAUCUAAAUGAUUUAAAAGAGACGGCCUUGUAA